CUUCGGGACAACCUAUGUCUAAAUUUAGACAUGGAAGAAGGGGUCCAUGUGGAUUGACUAGACAGUUGCUUUGAAUGUCGCAGGGAGUCAACAUGUAAUGAUUAAGAUGUGUUCAAAUUUAUUUAACUAAAUCUAGCAAAUAUUUCAAAAGAAAAAGAUGGAUUUGCUGCACCGAACUGACUGGCGACAUGCAUGCCUCUAGCUUGGCCAUGAAACCAAACGCAGAGCCAGGAUGAGAACAAAAGAAGAGAAAGAUGGAAAGAAGGGAAGAGACGACAAAAUGGAAGUUAAAGCGAUGUCUCCAAAAACGCAGAAGAAGAAGAAAGCCAAGCCUGUCAGCGAGGUGUGCUGCAGCAGCAACGACAACAGCGCUGAGAUGAAGAGGGGUGCGCAUGUGAAGGGGGUUGUCGAGGAGGUGGGGAAAACCCUGGACGCAGAGCAAGACACUGUUUCCGAAGACAUGGAGAUGGGAAGAUUCGCGGAGGUGGAGGCAGAGCAACAUAAUAACAAUCCGGAAGAGAAGAGCGACGUGGAUUCGGGAAUCGGGUUGAGUGGGGAGAAAGACACAGGAGAAAGUGACAUUAACAGUGACGAGCCUGUGAACAUGACACUGGGGCACGACACUGACCAACUGAACAGCAAGACUGUGGACAAAUCGGUUGCUAAGGUAACCGAAAACUGUACUCCAGUCUGUAAUAACAGUAUUUGUUCCAAGAACAAUUCAGUAGCUGUCGUGAAUAGCAUUUCAACCAACUGUGUAUCAGAAAGUUCGACAUCAAAAUCCAAUUUUGAGUGUAUAAUUGACCAGGUUGCAAAGGGUGAGAUUAUCGUUUCGACACCACCUAGAAAACCACCUAAAAAGAGAAUAACGGAAUUGACGAAAGAAAUGGAAAGCUCUAUGGAGUGUGAUAAUGCUGUGAAAAAUUUAAUUCCCUUGUUGGAAAACACUGUUUCAGAAAUGGAUCAAGAUUCGUUGGAUUUGUCCAAAAGGACAAAGCGAACACCUAAAAAGCGAAAAUUUCAUGAUGAAGUGGAUGAAACUGCUAAAUCAAAACAAAAACCUGCUAAAAAAUCAGUAUCUUCAAAACUUAAAGAAGAAAAGUCACCCAAAACCAAGAGUGAUAAAUCUUCAAAAACCAAAGACGACAAGUCUAAACUGAAAGAUGGGAAAAACAGUGAUGCUGAGGUAUCGAAAACAACUGAAGGUGGAUUGGAAAAAUCAAAAGAUGAAUCCAGUUCAGAUACGAAAGUGGAUGCUGCUCAAAAUAUAGAUGUAACAGACUCAAAAACAAAAACAUUACCCAGAGAUAAAAAUUCCACGAAGUCUAAAAAUGUCUCCAAAAGUAAAUCGAAGAAAAGCAAAACUGUUUCUGAUGACCAUGAAAAGAAAGCCGAGAACUGUGUUACCAAUUCCACAGAUGACAAUGCAAUCACAAGUGUAAAAUCUGAGAAUGUUGAAAAUGAGAAAGUGCAUUUGGACGUUCCAGAUAGUGGUGAAACUCAAGUUUCUUCUGUUACUAAGGAAACACCUGUUGGUUCAGAAGUAAAAAAAGUUAAGAAAUCUCGACCAAAAGUACCGAAGACAGUGAAAAAAAGUUCUGAGACUGCUGGAGAAGAAGGCGAGAAGGAAGUAAAAAAUGGAGAUGCUUUGGUGAAAGAGAAGAAACCCAAACCUGCCAAGAAAAGAAAGUUGAAGGAAAGUAGUGAGAAUUCAACUACAGAUGAAAAGUCAGAAACAUCUCCAAAAAAACAGAAAAAGAAAGAUUCUACAGAUUCUGAAGGGAAGGAAAAAGAUUCUGAUGGAAAACUGAAAGAUUCAGAUGAAAAGAUAAAAGAUUCAGAUGGAAAACGGAAAGAUUCUGAUGGAAAAGUAAAAGAUUCAGAUGGAAAACUGAAAGAUUCUGACGGAAAACUGAAAGAUUCUGAUGCAAAGCCUAAAGUUAAGAAGAAAAAGCCACCUAAGAAAGAAAAAUCAAUACCAAAUGGCGACAUAUCAGAACAGACAAUCAUUUCUGAUCAUGGGUCUGAUGAACCAAAUUCUGAAAGUGCUACGAAAAACAGUUUAAUGAAUGAAUCUGUGUCAUGUGAUGGUGAGGACAAAGUGGCUUCAAAGACUGAGGACAGUGGCGAGAGUGAGGAUAAAUCUCCCAGUGGGAAGUCUGAAAAAUCGAAGAAGUCCUUUGAGGCAAUCGAAUGUCACAUUUGUGGCCGAAAGGCGAAAGGAAUGUCGGCUCUUAGUAGGCAUUUAAGAACUGCUCAUGACAUUUCGAACAGGCCUGCGAAGCACAAGUGUUUUAUGUGUGAUUUCGAUGCUGUGAAAAGGACAGUGUUAGCCAAACACAUGGUCACACACGAUAUCUUUAUGUGUGGACGAUGCGAAUUCACGUCGGACAAAUCAGAAGAACUUGAACAGCACGGUAGUGAUGAACACAAAAACGUCAGUGAAGUGAAGCUGUGCAAAAACUGCAACCGAUACAUCAAGUGUGACGAAGUGUCCCUGGACGAACACGUCAAGAGCUGCCAGGGAAAGGUUCCUCUGAUCUGCAAAGAGUGCAGCAAGGAGUUCAAAUACGAAUCUUCGUUGCGCGUGCAUGUCAACUCUCACUUCCCCAACCAGCCCAAACAGUACACCUGCCCCCACUGCAGUUACCAAUCAAACUACAAAGCUAACCUUCACAAACAUAUCCAGAACAUUCACGAGAUCAGAGAGCGGAAUGUUAAGUGCUUACUGUGUGACAAAAUGUUUUACAAAGACGAACACAUGAGGCGGCAUAUGAAGCUCCACUCAGAACAGCGCCCGUUCAUGUGUGAGACUUGCUGCAAGUCGUUUAAGACGAGCAGUGCGCUGCGGGGUCAUUAUGAGGUUCAUAACACUACCCGUCCUUUUCAGUGCGACCUAGAUGGGUGUACAAAGUCAUUUCGCAAUGCCAAGUUUCUUAAGAGCCAUAAAGAGGAGUCACACCAGCUGUCGCCGAAGAAGUACCACUGCCCGGUCGAGGGUUGCAGCUUCUCGUUUUUCAAAAAGAGUCAUCUCAAACGUCAUGAAAUAACACACACAGGUGAGAGGAAUUAUCAUUGUGACUGGGAGGGCUGUGGUAAAUCAUUUCGUCAUGCAGAUAACCUCAAAGUUCACCAUCGGCAGCAUACAAACGAACGGCCAGUAAAAUGUGACAUUUGCAGCUUUACGUGUAGACAGAAAAGCUCUCUUCACUGGCACAAGAAGAAACAUCACAAUAUUCAAUCAGGGGAAUUGUCCGAUCUCUCGCUCGAUGGAAGUCACAGCAGCCAUAACUAUGUCGGGGAGGAAGGGGAGGGGGAAUGUGUGGCCAAUGGGUCAUCGUCGACGUCUGUAAAUCCUGAACAGACGGAGAAACCGAAAGAAGAGAAUAAACCAUUUGACUUGUACGAGUUUAAAUCAGACGAGGAAUCGGGUGAUGAAUCGACCGUUCCACGUUCAGCAUUUUGGAAGGAUAAGGAAAGGAACCGACCGAAACCGCUUCCAGUAUUUUGGGAAGUUCCAAUCGUGGUGGAGAAGAAUCCAGCUGUUAUUGAUGAACCUCCUGAUACAGCGGAGUCGGUAAAGUCUGUUGAUGAUAAACCUUCUAAGGAUUCAACAGAAGUUGAGCUGGAUGACAGUGGUGGUGGUGACAGGGAUAAAAGUGAAAAGUCGGAUGAAAUAAAACCAGAUGAAGCUGUGAAGGAGAAACCUGAUGAUCCUGAAGUUAAAAAUGAUGUCAAGGAGACUGAUUCAGCUGAACCUGAAACCAAGAAAAAGAAGAAGAAGAAAGCAGUAGCUGUCGUGAGCAAAAAAUCACCAAAACCACCCAAAGCAGUGAAGUCUCCCAAAACACCAAAAUCCCCCAAAACCAGCAAGUCCAGUAAAGCUCCUAAAUCACCCAAGAUGCCCAAAUCGCCCAAAAUGCCCAAGUCUCCCAAAGGGAUAAAGUCCCCCAAAUCUCCAAAAGAACUAAAAAGUCUUAAGUCUCCUAAGGGGAAACCAAAAUCUCCAAAAGUUGUAAAGUCUCAGGGUGCUAAGAAAAAGGUUGAGAAGUCUUCUGUGGCAGAAGACACGAAAAACUCAAAGAAUGAGAGUGAGGUUAAGAACAACAAAAAGAAAUCUGCUCAAAGCAAGAAGAAAGUUUCUGCCAAAAAGAAAGAAGUUAAGCAGAAAGAAGUUACAUCACAGAAGGUUAAAAAGAAGAAGAAGCAGAAAACUCCAAAGGCACCAGAAUGUGAUAAAACCGUUGCUGAAUCCAUUGAGGACAAGGAUGAUGUUUCUACAGCAGAUCAAGUGACAUGUGAUGAUACUGCAGCAGUGAUUGAGGAUCAGGAAAAGCUGAAUCAGGAUCAGAAGGAGCUGGAUGCUAGACCAGAAGAUACAAAUGAGAAGCCAGAUUCAAAAGAAGAGUUGCAGGAAGAAGAAGUUGCUGAACAUGACCCAGUCCCAGCUAAAGAAGCCGAAGUUGAAGCCGAAGCCGAAGCCGAAGCCGAGCCUGAACCUGAACCUGAACCAGAACCUGAAGAUGUGUAUGAGACAGCAAUGUACAGUCAACAGGAGGUCAAAGAAGAGGAAAUGUCUCCGGGGCAGGCUCAGCAAGAGGCCAUCGACAGAUCGCUGGAGGAGAAUCCCAUAAUUGAUGAUGGUGAGAGAGAUGUCGUGUCUGACUCCAAGAGGUCUUACACUCCUGGAGAAAUAGCAGCCGUUGUUGGCGAUCAGACGAUUGAUGAUGAGGAGCCCCGCUCUCUGUCAUCGGACGACGAAGUCAGCACCGACAUACCUCUGACUCCUCCCAGAGCCCCUGCUCCUCCACCUCCACAGAGUCCCUCUGACGAGGAGAUGGUGCAGUCUCCAGCUGUAAUAGAAGAAGAACCUGUUGCUCAAACUGAAGUGGACAGCAGUUAUCCACAGACGGAACAACAACCAGCAGCUGCAUCAGCAUCAGCAUCAGCAUCACUUGAUCUGGACUCUCAGCCAUUAUCUCAGCCAGUGUCGCAGCCAUUGUCCCAACAGCCCAUGUCACAAGCCCCACUAUCACAGAACCCACUGUCGCAGCAACCUUUGUCACAGCAACCUUUGUCACAGCAACCUUUGUCACAGCCACUGUCACAACAACCCAUGUCACAACAACCCAUGUCCCAGCCUAUGUCACAACCACAGUCUGUUGAGCAACCUCAUGGCAGCAACGAACCAGCGAACAUUGAGACGACCGAUGAUCGUGCCCCCAGUUACGAAGUCAUGGCUACAACCACUGGUGCCCCAGAGGUGGACAAGGACUAUCUGAAUCAAUAUCUUCAGAACCUGAGUGUUGCCGGCAGUGUUCCGAGGGAGCCUUUGUCCGAGGAAGCCGGCCGACUCCAGAGGCUUGAAGACCUGGAGCCAAGCCGAUUGCAGAGGCUGGAAGAGCUUGCCGAAAAGCCUCACGAAGACAGCAGAGAUCUGACCCGGCCAGCGUCGGUAGCCAACAAUGUAAUCACACAUACCAGCAUGCAGCCGUUUCCUACGGACCUGUCUCACAAACGAAUGGAAAUCCUCACUUGCGAUCGCUCCCAGGAGCAGCACUACUCCCGGGACACUGCCUCCGCCAUGCCUAGGCUUCCCGAGUCUCCAUACGACACGUUCGGUGCUGUGAAUCCCUUGCACUCCGUCACCAGGGACAACACGUUCCUUCGUUCCAACGAACCCCUCUUCUCGGUUCCGACCAGUGCCACACCUUUUAUGCAUCUAUCUCAGAGCGAGGCAAUGCUUCAAAGGCAGCGGAUGGCGACGCCGUUCCUGUCCCAGAACGACCGAAUGGCACUCAACCGAAUUCCAGACACGACUCUGAGACCAUCAAAUCCUGCUCUGUUGCGACGCACCACAACCAUGCCGAGCACAGACAUGUUUUCUGGAACAGCCAUGGCCCAGGCCAUGCCGAGAAAUCCCUUCACCAGCUCGUGGUCGGGACAAGAUGUACGUCCGCACCACUGGACGCAGCCUUCAUACUUACCAAGGGCAACCAACCCUGCCACCGCUCCGUUCUUCUCCAAAGAUAACUACCUCGCUGGGCGGGAGCUCAUGUUCGACCCCUCGCGGUCAAUAACCGAGCGCAACAUGUUCGCUAACCUAUCGUCCCCCCAGCCCCAGAGAGACCUUACCACAGAUACCUUCCCGACUCUGGAAAGAUUUGAUCUCGGUUACUUUGGAAGCCACGGCUUUUCGGGAGCUAGCUCUCUGGACUAUAGCCGCACCUCUCACGGAACGGCGCAGAAAGCGUUUGACGAGAGGUACAGACAGACUGCUGGAGCAGGCAUGGGAGAUUUCAGGGCCCUCCCACAGAACUCGUCGACAGAUAUGUUCAGUACGAUUGGUGUGAAUAGUGGUUUUAACCUCGACAAGUACAUGUACCCCAGAGACCCCGUGUACCACCCUCCACAUGUGACGGAGAACACGAACAGUGCUUUCCUCACACACAGUACACCCACACAGCAUGCACUGUUCGAUCGGGACUACUCGCGUGGGCUGUACCCCCACCAGAAUAGCCCCUACCCCUUCAUAGACGAGCGGCAGUACCAGACGGCCGCAAAGCUCACCCACACCACCCCUCCCGCAAUGACACAAGAUAGAGAUUUCAUGUCACGAACUAAUACCGCAGAAACGCCCAUUCAGGACCCGUAUCGCAUGGGAGGGAUGUUGUACAUGAAUAGAUACACAUUUGAAUAGUUUCAACAAGGUUUUAUUCACAUAUUUGCUGUAGUGAAAUAAGUAAUUAUUAUUGUAACCUCUGUGUGAAAUGAUUAUGAUUAUGAUGAACGUUAUGUGAUUUAUUACGCAUAUACAUAUAUCAUGGACAUUUCUGUUACCGAGUUGAUAUGUUAGGUUAGGAUAUUUUCUAAAUAUAUUAAUGUCUUGUUCUCAUCCAUGCAUUGUUGACAUACAGACUUUGUUUUUCAUUUAUUUUCUAAGAAGAAUCCAUUCAGAUCUAUCCAUGUAAUGAUUGAAACUUAAAAUAUAUAUCAUAUACAUCCAUUGAAAGAGUACUUUGCGAGCUUUCAUUUUAAUUCAACAUUUGUAUACUGAGAGAAAGAAUGAAGGGAUCGUACCAAGUUUCAGUCAGUAUUAGCAUCCUAAUGUCUGUACAAAGUACAAAGGUGUAGUGUGGGAUUGAAUGUCAGUAGUGUGAGAGACCGACUGCCAGUAACAUAGUUACCUUACUAACACUGGAUGAUGUCCAAUAGCCGAUGAUUAAUAAAUCAAUGUGCUCUAGUGGUGUCUUGAAACAAAACAAACUAUGGAUGAAGGUUUCAGUUUCAGUCUCUCUUUCCUGUUAAGUGUUGGUCUGAUCCCUUAUUUCUUUUCAUCAGUAUAAUAUAUAUAUAUAUAUAUAUAUACACACACACACAUAUACAAUGUAUAUAUAUGAUGGUCAAAGCAUCAGAGUUAAAUGUUGAACAGGUGAUUUUGAUGGUUUGGCAAAAACAUGUCAAAUGUCUUAGCAUUUUUUCUACUAGCUUCAAAAAUAUAUUUUGUGACCCCCAAAAAUGUAUAUGUUUAGCCAAUUGUGACAACAGCUGAAUUUUUUAAAAAGAGGACUUUUUUUUUUUCACCUUUCUUCUGCGGUUAUUUGCCUUGUCCCCUCAGAAACACAUUGAAUGUUCCAGUAGUAUGAUUUCCAUUGUCAUUGUUGACACAAGGAUUUGCUAUGUCUGGAUGCAUGGGUACUUUUUGAUGCCACUACAUUGUUAAAAUGUUUAGUAUUCACUCAUCAUGUUUAAAUCUGACAAGUUAUGGAUGAAGCACCUUCCAACACCUACCUCACUCUCUAGGUGUGGCACCUGAAGCUGUUUGACUCUACUCUCCACCCCCCUCAACCAAACUCCACUCCCUUAAUCUCGUUGCAACUAGUAUUUGUCACUCUUAGCUCAUUUUGAACUGAUGGUUGCAUUAUCAAAUCAUGUUCCCAAGUGUGUAACCAGUUGGGUUUUUUAAUGAAAGAAUGCAUUUAACCAAUUCUAUGAUCCUAUGUACAAUUGGGUUUGAUUUUAGACAUGCGCAACACUUCAUAAUUAUGGUGCCUUCACUCAUAUUGUUUGUGGAAGUUUAUGACCAAAAUUAAAUUAAAUUCAGAGUUUGUCAUCCAUUUCUUUUCAUUGGUAAUCACAGGUGUACAAAUGGCAUUCUUCAGAUCCAAUGGCAGAAGUUAAAGAAUGUAGAAAAGUAGAAUUUGGUUUAAUGUCAACUAAUCAUAUUUUUUAGAAAGUGUAAAUUGUACCUAGAGGCUAUUCAUAUGUUUUUGUCCAUUUCAUCUGUGUGUAAACCAUACAUUACCAUGGGCCAUUUUUACUAUAAGAAACAAUUUACGGUAACAACCUUUUAACACAACACAAAUGUUGUCUGUCUUUUCAGUUUGAUAAAUUCAUAAUAAAUAAUAUGUAUUUGAUGCUUUAUAUAUAGUAGCAAAGCAAAAAAUAACAUUUCAUAAAAAUAUUCCAAAAUAAUUUACCAUUAUAACAUGACUUCAUAUUAAAGUUUUUGAAUUGGCUAGCAAUUGUUAGUAUGCAAUUGUUAGUAUACAAUUGUUAUAUACAUGUAAGACAAGAUAAGUUUGGGGCUUAUUUUAUUGACAGGGUUAAACAUUUCUAGGCAAACUCUUUAAUCCCAAAUCCCCAAAUACCAGAGGAAAAGUGAUGAAGGGGCCAGUAUUAAAGCCUUAUGCAUGGUUUAAACACUCAAGAAUAUAGUGGAGUAAAUCGAUAAUCUGUGAAUAUGAAAUCCUAGAGAUUUUACACAAGAAAAAUUGGUCUCCAUUUCCAGUGGCAUCUUUGGUUAGGCCAUGAGAAUGAAAGUUCAUGUUUUGCAUCCACUGUCCACGUACCAUCAAACCUAAAGUUGAAAAUAUUAUUAACAAAAGUUUUUGUUAUUUCCCCAAAAUUUGCCUUUUCACUUUAUUAAAAAGUUAUGAAAACAUCAAAUCUGAAUGACCAUGGAGGGAAUGGUUGUUUCUUGCAGAAUUCUAAACCAGUAAAUUUGGUGGACUGGAUGUUUCUUCUGGUGAACAAUAAUGGAAUCGUUGUUUAUUGCAGAAUUAAACUCUUAACCAGUACAUUUAGUGGACUAUGUUUCUUCUAAUGACUCCUUUCAGUUCACAAUUUACUCGUGUAGUUUAAGGUCAAAAAGUACCAGAGACAUCAGGAACCCCAAGUAUUGUUUGGCAUGCUAUCGGUGCAAAGUGUUUCAGAUGCACUUUGAAUAGUGAUAUAUCUGUGUACUUUUUUGUGUCUUCCUCUGUUAGCAUAAACAUUUAAAAAAUA